AUGAAGAUAGGUUCACGUGUCGAAUUGUUCACUUUAUUCCACUGGACCACUGGACAACUAUCUCUUGCCGCCUCAUCUUUUCCACUCGCUGUUGCAGUUUUUGGAAGAUGCAGGACGUGGGUGAUGAGCGGGCCAGCUGCUGCCAAGCGGCUACGUAAUGGAUGUACCUCAGCCCACAUUCAGAGGUAUCUAUCUUCCCCAACACAAACUGGCAGGAUGAGGAGCGGGAUAACAGUACCUGCGGAACUAAGCCUGUAA